AUGUCGCGAGACUUUCAAUUUGUCACCGUCCCUAACCCAGCUGAGCCUGUCUCCAAGCAUGUCCGGAGCUUAACCCACUCCCAUGCGGUUCGGCAGAGACAUGCCAAGGAGAGAAGACUAAGAAUGCAGAAACAUCGGGAGGACAUGGCUAGAAAUGCGGAGAGUACUUCAUUGAACAAGGUUCUUGGGUAUAGCUGUGAUCCGUUUGCCGCGCUUCCGAAACAGCUCUUGUCUCAUGAGACCUUUCUUCUUGAUCACUAUAUCCGCGUCGUCGUUCCAAAUAAGGUCAAGACAUGUCGUCUUUUCGAUCAGAUGAACGACCAUGUAGGACAUGUAAUGCGUGAUUGGGUUGGUCUCGCCAUAACAGACAGCGAUCUUCUGUGUUCCAUCAUUCUCCUCGGCGCAUGUCGCCACAUCGUUAGCAACAAUCCCAACUCUGGUUUGAUGCAGGCCGCGCUACAGUACAAGUACAACGGUCUUAAGGCAUUACGCCAUGCUGUUAGUGGCGCCUCACCGACUCUUAGUGCGGUGACCAUUGCAAAAGCCUGUGCUAUGGCUUUAGACGAGGUAAGCUCUGUGAGUCUGUGCUAUAUGACGAGAUCUGUUCUAAUAUUUGACCAGGUAAGCUAUGGUGAAGCUGUUGUUGCGAGGCAGCAUAUUCAGGGUGUGUUUGCGAUGAUAGAAGCGGCGGGGGGCUCGCAGUGUCUUGAUGGGACGGGACUGCUGAAGCGCAUGUAUCUUAGAUUCCUUGAGAUGCGGGAAAGUCCAGGGCUACAGUUACCAAAGGGUAUUGCUUACUCCAGCCACUGCUGGUAA